AUGGAUUCUCAAAAACCAAAACUUUUUGAUACACAACGUAGAUUUACUUUAGCUAGCCUAAAUACAAAUUCUAGAAUUACUUCAGGAAUACCGCGUUCCUUAUCUAUUCGAGGUCAAGCACCGCCAUCACAAUAUGGUGCUUCUUUAGGCGGAAAUAAUAUAAGAAAUUCAAGCAUAGCAAGACGUGCUACAUUUGCUGGAAACUUUAAAGAUCCACGUCCAUUGCGCGAUAAACAAUAUCAGGCUGAAUCUAUACAAGUUAUUAUAUUAUAUUUAAAAAAAUCAAGAUAUCCAGGCUCAAUUGAUGAAAGGAAAUUGCAAGUUCCAACAGUAAAAGAUUAUCAUAACAUCUUUAGAUUUUUAUAUAAAAAAUUGGAAAAUAAAGAUAUUCCAAAAAUUGAAGAAAUUUCAACAAUCCUAAAAGAAAUAAAGUAUCCUCAUGCUAACGAUGUUAGUAAGUCUGCAUUACAAGCUGUUGGAAACGUACAUACCUGGCCAGCACUUUUAGGAGAUGGAGGAGAAAUUGAUAAAGAUCUUAUAUUUUUCAAUUAUGUAAUUAAAGCCUAUGGUAUCUAUUUGAGUGGCGGUGAUGAUUUCUCAGAGGCAGAACAAGAAAUAGUUGCUGUUUAUGAACGAAAUAAUUCUGAAAUUAUAACCAAAAAUACGAAUUUGCAAAAUGAAAUUAAUGAAUUAGAGAAAGAACUAACAGAGUUGUUGCAAAUAGAGGAUCCAUUAACAGCAGCAAAAAAUGAAAAUGAACUAUUGAAAUCUGAUCUGUUAAAAUUUCACUCUUAUAGUAGUCAUUUAGAUGAUAAGAUUGGUAAACUUAAAGAUAAUAAAAUUAAACUAGAAGAAGAAUAUCAAAAAAUGGUGAAGGACUUGGAGAAACUUGAAGAAGAAAAAAUAGAAAUUCAAAAAAAAGUUGAUAGUCAACCAAUUUCACCUGAUGAUUGUGAAAGAAUGCAUAAAGAAAGUGAACAAAUUACCAUUCAACGUAAUAAGAUAGCUGACGGAAUUAAAGAAAUGAAAAAAUCGGUAUGGAAUAAACAAGUAGAAUUUGACGAGAAGAAUAUAGAAAUUGAAAAAUUGAUUCAUUAUUACAAUACCAAUAUUCAAUGUCUUGGAUCCGAUGGUAAAAAAUAUCAAUUAUCAUUUAAUCAAGAUUCAAAUCAAAUUGAACAAAUGAUUUCAUUAGAUUUGAGAAAUGUAGUGAGACUUAAAUUGUUAGAAGUAAGUAAAAAAAUUAGUAGUGAACGAGAUAAAACUCAAGAAAAAAUUACACAAGUUAAUGAGGAGAUUUAUCAUCUUAAUGAUGAAGCACAAGAUAAGGAAAGAGAUUUGAGUAUGUUAGAGGAAACCAUAAAUGUACUUUCGCAACAAUAUGAACUUGCUAUUUCGACUGAACAGGCUGAUAUGGAAAGAUAUACAAAAAAAUUAGCAAUAUUUACUCAAUUAACAAGUCAAUUGGAAUCCGAAAAUAAUUCAAUUGUUGGUGAAUGGAAAGAUAAACGAGAACAAUCACAAAUUCAGUAA